CUUCUUGUCAUUCCUUAAUCAACAAUUAUCACUAGUUUUUGUUAACUUUUAAUCACUCUUUACAUUCCUAAUUGUAUGAUCCAAGGUUGUUGCUGUGCAUUUAGUGUCUUUAGUGUAGUCUACUGCAAUUUUGACAACAGCAUUUUUUGAAAGAUUAUCAUUAUAGAUGCAUUUAAUCCACGUUUGCUGAUUUAAUUACGCUGCGAUGCUGCAGAAGAGUGUGUGCGUCGUUGUUCUAGGGGACAUAGGAAGGAGUCCGCGUAUGCAGUACCAUUCCAGAUCAUUUGCAGAGGAAGGCCAUAAAGUAGAUAUAGUUGGCUACCAAGGAGCCACCCCCAUAGAAAGCCUCACCACUCAACCUCUAGUUAGUUUCCACUACUUAAACCCAUUCCCAAAUAUACCAUGUCCAAGAUUCCUGAACUACAUUCUAAAAACGAUAUGGCAAACUAUAAACCUUUUGUUUGUAUUACUCAUCAUAAGGAAAGCAAACUUGUUGAUUGUGCAGAAUCCACCUGCCGUACCAACACUGAUGGUCUGUUAUUUGUACAAGUUGAUUACCCGAGCCCAGUUGGCCAUUGAUUGGCAUAAUUAUGCUCAUACAAUUAUGGCUCUGAAUGUGGGACAAAAAAACCCACUUGUGAAAUUGACCAAGUGGAUGGAGAAAUUCUUUGGCCAAAAGGCAGAUUAUAAUUUAUGUGUAACCAAGGAAAUGAAGAGAGAUUUGAAAACUGCUUGGAACAUUGAUGCCACCACUUUAUAUGACAGACCACCAGAGAUAUUUGAUUCUAUUACAUUGGAGCAGAAACAUGAAGUGUUAAACUGUCUUGGUUUGAAAUACAAGGAAUUAUUGUCUGAAGAAGAUACAGGAACUGCAUUUACUAAACUCAGUGAGCUUGGUGAGGUUGAGUUGAGGAAGAAAAGGCCAGGCCUUUUGGUUUCCAGUACUAGUUGGACUGAGGAUGAAGACUUUUCUGUUCUGCUAUCUGCAUUGCAAAAUUAUGAAGAGAGCUGUGUUAAUGGAAACCAAUUGAAUCUACCAAAGUUGAUUUGCCUUAUUACAGGGAAAGGACCUUUGAAGGACUUUUAUUGCAAGAAAAUUGAAGAUUUGCGCUUGAAGAAUAUUACUAUUUUAACACCUUGGUUGGAAUCAAAGGAUUAUCCUCUAAUAUUAGCUGCAGCGGAUUUAGGCGUUUGCUUGCACACUAGUUCAAGUGGAUUGGAUUUACCCAUGAAAGUCGUUGAUAUGUUUGGUUGUGGCCUUCCCGUUUGCGCUUACAACUUCAAAUGUUUGGGCGAGUUGGUUCAACACGACGUGAAUAGUUUCGUAUUCAACAAUUCAGAUGAAUUAUCAAAGCAACUCUCCUCUUGGUUCAAGGAUUUUCCUGAAAACCAAGAAAUAGAAGAGAAAAGAGCUGGUUUCAAAAAGGAAUUGGAAAACUUUCAGCAGCUGAGAUGGAGGGAGAAUUGGACUAAAAUAGCAUCACCUGUAUUUAAUUAAAUAAAAUUCUGUUAAUACUUAAUAAUAUAUAUUU